AUGGCGGAGGCGGGAGGGAGGAGGAGGAGGAUGGCGAUGGCGGAGGCGGGUGGGAGGAGGAGGAGGAUGGCGAUGGCGGAGGCGGGAGGGAGGAGGAGGAGGAUGGCGAUGGCGGAGGCGGAGGGAGGAGGAGGAGGAUGGCGAUGGCGGAGGCGGGUGGGAGGAGGAGGAGGAUGGCGAUGGCGGAGGCGGGUGCUGCAGCCGCCGGAGGGGCCCCCCGUGACGCCCCGUGCCCCCGCAGUGGUGCUGAUGUGCAUGCACUCGGUGCUGCUGGGCGGGGAGGAGCAGCGCGUGCUGCUGGAGGAGGCCGAGGACAUGGGCAUGACCGACGGCACCUACGUCUUCAUCCCCUACGACGCCCUCACCUUCCCCCUGCCCUACCGCCGCGUGCCCUACCCCGUCCUGGCCAACAACACCAAGCUGCGCCUGGCCUACGAUGCCGUCCUCACCGUCACCAUCGACUCGCCCGAGCUCACCUUCCGCGAGGCCCUGAGCCAGGCCAAGGAGGCCUACGAGGUCCCCGCCCACGUCGACCCCACCCAGGUCCACCCCCUCUUCGCCACCAUCUACAACUCCAUCCACCUCCUGGCCCGGGCGGUGGAGGCGGCGCGGCGGCGGGGCCGGCGGGUGACGGGCCGUAGCGUGGCCGAACACGCCCGCGGCUUCCGCCUGGGGGGCUUCUGCCACCCCGUGGCCGUCACCGAGGGCGGGGACGUCACCGCCCCCUACGUGGUGCUGGACACGGACGCCAAAGGCCACCACCUCUGGCCAGUUUACGGACUGGAACCGGGCACGCGGGGGUUGAGCCUCCGGGCCCACGGCGUCCACUGGCCCCACGGCGCCAGCCCCGGCGCCGACGCCGGCUGCUGGUUCGAACCGGGCUCCAUCUGCAACGGGGGGUUGGACGCCAGCUUGGUCCUCCUCCUGUUCGUCCUCAUCUCCGCCCUCAUCGCCGCAGGGGCCGCCCUCGCCUGCUUCAUCAGGCGCCGCAUCCAGCAAGGCCAGCUGAUGAAGGGGCCCAACAAGAUCAUCCUCACCAUGGAGGACUUGACCUUCAUCAACACCCAGAGCAGCAAACGGGUGGACGGGAGCCGCACCAGCCUGGCCGGCCGCAGCGGGGGGGACACCAAGAGCGUCAGGAGCGUGACCGCAGCCCCCGACACCACCAACGUGGCCAUUGCCGAGGGAGGCAAAAACCCGAAGGCAAACAGCCACCUCCCCCUCCUCCUCCUCUUGUUUAACCAGCAGGGCCUUGUCGCCUCCGUGCAGGGCGACUGGGUCUGGCUGAAGAAGUUCCCCGGAGACCAGCACAGCGAGGUGAAACCGGCCACCAAGCUGGCCUUCUGCAAGCUGCGCGACCUGCGCCACGAGAACGUCAACCUCUUCCUGGGCUUCUUCCACGACUGCGGCAUCUUCGCCAUCGUCUCGGAGCACUGCUCCCGCGGCAGCCUGCAGGACCUGCUGCACAACGAGGACAUGAAGCUCGACUGGAUGUUCAAGUCCUCCCUCCUCAUCGACCUCAUCAAGGGCAUGCGGUACCUCCACCACCACAACGUGGUCCACGGGCGCCUCAAGUCCCGGAACUGCGUCGUGGACGGGCGCUUCGUGCUCAAGGUCACCGACCACGGCUACAACGAGCUGCUGGAGGCCCAGCGCCUGCCCACCCCCACCCCCCAGCCGCAGGAGCGGCUGUGGACGGCGCCGGAGCUGCUGCGGGACGCGGCCCUGGAGCGUCGCGGCUCCUUCCGGGGCGACGUCUUCGGCAUCGGGAUCAUCAUGCAGGAGGUGAUCUGCCGCAGCGGCCCCUACUGCAUGCUGGGGCUGCCCCCCGAAGAGAUCGUGGCGAAGGUGCGGCAGCCGCCGCCGCUGUGUCGCCCGGCCGUCUCGGCCGACCAGGCGCCGCUGGAGUGCGUCCAGCUGAUGAAGCAGUGCUGGAGCGAGCAGCCCGAGCGGCGGCCCACCAUCGACCAGCUGCUCGAGCAGUUCAAGGGCAUCAACCGUGGGCGUCGCACCAACAUCAUCGACUCGAUGCUGCGCAUGCUGGAGCAGUACUCCAGCAACCUGGAGGACCUGAUCCGCGAGCGCACCGAGGAGCUCGAGGUCGAGAAGCAGAAAACCGACCGCCUCCUCACCCAGAUGCUGCCCCCGUCGGUGGCCAAGGCCCUGAAGAUGGGGACCCCCGUGGAGCCCGAGUACUUCGAGGAGGUGACGCUUUACUUCAGCGACAUCGUGGGCUUCACCACCAUCUCGGCCAUGAGCGAACCCAUCGAGGUCGUCGACCUCCUCAACGACCUUUACACCCUCUUCGACGCCAUCAUCGGCGCCCACGACGUCUACAAGGUGGAGACCAUCGGGGACGCCUACAUGGUGGCCUCGGGGCUGCCCAAGCGCAACGGGAACCGGCACGCCGGCGAGAUCGCCAACAUGGCGCUCGACAUCCUCAGCUCCGUCGGCACCUUCAAGACGCACAUGCCCGAGGUGCCCGUCCGCAUCCGCAUCGGCCUCCACUCCGGGCCCUGCGUGGCCGGCGUCGUGGGGCUCACCAUGCCGCGCUACUGCCUCUUCGGGGACACCGUCAACACGGCGUCACGCAUGGAGUCCACGGGCCUGCCGUACCGGAUCCACGUCAACGCCCGCACGGUGGCCAUCCUGCGGGCGCUGCAGGAGGGCUUCAAACUGGACAUCCGGGGCAAGACGGAGCUCAAGGGGAAGGGCGUGGAGGACACCUACUGGCUGGUGGGACGCGAGGGCUUCACCAAACCCAUCCCCACCCCCCCCGACCUGCUGCCGGGGGCCAGCAACCACGGCAUCAGCCUGGACGAGAUCCCGGCCGAGCGGAGGAAGAAGCUGGAAAAGGCCCGGCCGGGGCAGGCGCUCAAAUAGCCCCGCCCCCGCCCGGAGCCAGAGGGAGGCGCCAGCCCCUCCCCCGGCCCCGCCCCCACCGCCCCGGGGCAUCAUGGGACAGCGGCCGGAGGGGCCCAGGUGCGC